AUGCCUAGCAUAUUCUCCCGCCUCAAGGGGAAGGACGGCCCCACAAAGAUAUCCAAGUCCAAAAAGAAUGGCAACCUUGAUCAUCUCACAAAUCAGCUGCCGCAGAAGCCUCAAUGGGAGGAUGGCUUCGCGCGGACGACGGUCGAGCCUGAGGAGGUGCAGGAGCUGGUGCACCGCUGCACAUCGGAACUGAAGGCUAGAGGCCUUGACAUACCAUUUUUGCUCCUCCCGUUCCGCCCGACCUCCAACCCUAGUGCAGUCCGGACUUUUAUACGGCAUUUUUUCGACCACUCAUCGAAUCUGCGCGGUGAUAUGCUGGGCCAGGAGCUUCGAAUGCAAGAACCAAUGGUCAUAUCUGGUGUCAUAAAGUGGUGCUGGGCUAGGUUGCAAGGUGGCGUAGUGGGCUGGGAUGCCUAUGAGCUGUUCAAGGUGGGCGAACAUGACUCGGAUAUGGCACGCGAUUCCUUCCGGACUUUUAUACCCCUCAGUGUAGAGAAUGAGGCACGGACAUCCAUAAUAUUCGACUUCUUCGAUCUGCUUGCUGCCGUAGCCGCGCAUGGCAAGAUGAACGGCUUUGGCGGUCGCAAACUCUCUCGCAUGGCUUCAUGGUGGGCUUUCGAGCACAAGGAUACUGGAAACGGCUUCGAAGGUGGCUACAAACUUUGGCUCAAGGCAGCUGAUGCGACCAGCCAUCUGUUCUUCGCCUACCUACGAUCGGUCGCCCCCCAGCAAACACAGGCCGGAAUCUCCAUGCUUCCUAUGUCGCUUCAGAAACUGCUUCAGGAGACCGAGUAUCCCCCGGAAAGGCCAUCGCUCAUGAUGUCAACAACAUACAAGGUGGUAAUGAUCGUCGAGACGGUAUCGCCGACCCCUUUUGCGCUCCUCAGGCGAGGCAACCAUUUCCAGUAUCGAGACAACGACCGGCCGUUAUUUGAAUUUUCCGACUAUGAGGAUCCCGUUCAGGCUUUGACGGAGGAGUGCCGCAGAGUUCUUAAGGCGAUUGCUGCGGCGAACCAGACCCAGGCACUGUCCAGUGCCAAGCACUCGACCGGUCUGCGCGAUGCCUCUUGGUCACGAUUUGAGGAUAUCGGAUUCGGUGCGACGCUAAUGGAUGAUGAUGACGAUUCGGAGCAAAGGCCAGGGAGGCGACAGAUUACUGGGCUUAGGACUACGCCAGCCUCGGGAGUUAAUCUUGCACGGCCAACCACACCAUCAUGGGCCGAUUUCUUGUCCUCUGGAUUUGCGCAGGAUGGGCCCAACAGCCCCUCAAACCUCCUACUCCCGCCCGACAAGGUACUCCCGCCCAUCGACACGACAAUCCGUCAGCGAAGUGCACAGUCUCACCGACCGAGGCUGGAGUCUGAGCAAAACCUCGAGCCAGGAGAGCUGGCAAGCAUAUCCCGUUUGGAGCUCGACGACUCGUUCUGGUGGGUGUGGAUGACCAGUCUCGCACCUGAGGAGACGGCCGAGAGGAAGUCUUCGUUUGGACGAUGUGCUGUCAUUGAGACCCAGAUCCGCAGUGGGCGGUGGCUGAUAUUCGAGGAGAUGGUCAAGGGCGCCGCGCCGGAGCCCGACGAGGGUGCUUAUAUUGCGGAGAAAAAGAGUUUCUUUAGUUGGACCCGCCGCAACAAGACAGGAAUGUCUCGCAGCAAAUCGGUGGGUAAAAACAUGCUCGGCAGGGGAGACGGGCAAGGCGGCGGCGACAUGGGCACCAGCAAGGCUAGCAUCGGACCAGACCAGCAGGCCAGGAUUCAAGCUGCAGCGCAGCGACUCCAUGAAAAAGAGAUGAUGGAGAAGCGAGCAGCUGCGCAAAACUCGCCGACGAGGCGUGGGAGGACCGACGCUGAGCUGAUUGCCGAAAAGACAAAGAGCAUCAUGACGAUCCAAUCUGGUCUAAAGACUGAGGCAUCCCCGGCGAUGCAGUGGGCCAACCGGUAUGACAAGGAGGCCAUCCGCGAAGCCUAUCUGUCCAGUUCCAGCACAGGCCGGGGUCUUGGUCAAUCAACAAUGCAGUCCAAUGGCAACGGGUUAUAUACACCCAUCGAGGAGGAUGAUGAAGCGCCGCCACCUCCUCAGAAGUCACCCUCUCUGUUUCCCCCUGCUUCGCCAGCAGUGGCGCCGCAAUCUCCUGUUACGAGAAAGCCACUUUCGCAGGCGCCAACGCCGGAGCCGGCAGCCUUGCCUCCACCUCCCCAAGAGCAGCAUAGUAUGGAACUGCAACGAACCGACCUGGUUUCCCCAGAGCCUGAGUUUAGCCCUGAUAAUAAAAAGCAGCAGAAAAAGCUGCACAAGGAGAAGGAUAAAGGAUCAGGCGGAUUCAGGAAAUUGUUUGGUCGUAAGAAGGACAAGGAGCCCAAACAGCAACAGGGCUCAGAGUUCGCGGGUAACGGCUUCCCACCGGCAGCAGCGGCAGGAGUGGCAGGAGGAGCAGCAGCCGCUGAGGCGCUUCACUCCCCAUCCCGCGCCGCACUGUCGCCUGAGCCCCAUAUGACUGGAGCGAGCUCGCUCGCAGCGCCCAGCGAACGAACCGAUGAUCUAACGCCCCGAGCCCACACGCCCGUCACCCCCACAAGGCCUGCAGCCGACGGCCCACCUCCCGUGCCGGAGUAUGAGCCAUCCAUAGAGACAGUAUCGCCGGUCGAGACGAUGGAUGCCAACGAGGCGCGCGAGGAGUUUAGUCGCUUUGAUCAGGGCCCGCUGGCGGACCAGCCAGCGUUCAUUCCUAACGACUCGGACGAUGAGUCUUUUGAUGCCAUUCCGCCACCUAUCGCCAGGCAGCGAGAGAACGCCGCCGCCCAGACACUACCGGCCCCUGCUCCCGCUCACUCACCCGCCCCUGAGGUCCAGUCGCCAAGCCUGACGCCUGCACAGGACAGGUGGGCACAGAUCCGCAAGAACGCGGCGGAUCGUGCGGCACAGCAGAGGCAAAGCGAGGAGCAGAGCCAGGGUGGAUACAGUAAGACCACGGAUGGUGAUGGAGAUACGAGUGGAGAGGAGACUAUCGAAUCUAGGGUUGCUCGAAUCAAGGCCAGAGUGGCUGAGUUGACUGGCAACAUGGAGGGCACGGCGCCACCAGGCAGCCGUACGCCUCCUCCUAUCCGUCGUUAAUGAGACUCACUCCGGUCCGUUGAAGAGGGCCGAUGAGAAGGGAAGAAAACUCCUCCUAAGCUAUACGAUUCUCCAUCUAUGAUCUUCCGGUUGUUACAACUGAUCUUGCAUAAGAACCAACCAACUUCAUUUUUUUGAUGUUUUCUUUUGUUGCUGCGAGAUUUCUUUUUCUAUUUUGGUAUUCUGCGAAACUGGUACGACGGCAUUUUAUUGUCAUAUUUCAAUUCUUUUAUGCUGGACAAACGACACUGGGUGUUUUUUUGUCAUUUUGGUAAUGGACGGCACGAGAUGGGGGUGGUUGCAGUGCGUUUUCAAAAAGAUGUUGGCCUCUAUCUAGGAGGUCUUGCAGCUUUAUUUCUUUCUG